UUAGUUGUGUUAAUUAACUCAUUUCCUGUGGUUAACUUUACUUCCUGUAUUGUACUUUUCUGUUAUUGUGGUUUCUGUUCGUUAGUAGGUUCUUUCUGUAUAGUUGUUCUUUGUUCCCUUUGUGCCUAGCUAUAGGGGCCCGCUCCAGGCGGCUCUUUGUGUAUGGGAGCCUCUGCUCCACUGCCUUUUGUCUUGUACAUACUUAUACCUUUGUUCUUGUGCAUUUUAUCAGUUGUUGAAUACGAUUUCACUAAACUCAAAUGUCUGCAUGAACCUGCGACAUAACAAUUGGCGACGAGGAUUACAACGGCAACCAAACCAAGUACUACCCCAUGGCUCAUCUCUCAAUCGGCACUAUUGGCUCCUUCCAACCCAGCACGGAGGAUUGGAAAGCGUAUACAGAGCGACUUCAACUCUUUUUUGUCGCUAACGGCAUUGAUGACGCAGACAUACGUCGUGCAACUCUUCUCACCGUGUGCGGACCGUCAACGUAUGGACUCGUCCGUGAUCUACUUGCUCCCGCAGCUCCUACCGAAAAAACAUUCGAAGAACUUGUUGCUCUGGUUCAGGAACACCAGCAGCCUACACCCUCACCCAUCGUCGAGAGGUACACCUUCUUUACAAGAGUACAACACUCAGGAGAGACGAUCAAUGACUAUGUGGCCCAGCUCCGCAAGAUUGCUAAACACUGCCAGUUUGGCGAAACCCUCAACGACAUGCUCCGAGACCGCAUUGUUUGUGGAUGUCGAGACAAGAAGCUCCAGUACAAGCUUUUGGCUGACCCUGCACUCACUUUUGACAGCGCUCUGGCUGUUGCAAAGGCAUCGGAACUAGCUGAUCGUGGCACCAGAAAUCUCUCUGGACAGGACGCGUCUGUAAACCGUCUAUUGGACAACCGUCGACGCAAGCCUCCACUCCCUCGGGAGAAACCUCCCUCAAUUGGCCCAACACAACCGUGUUUUCGUUGUGGUGCAGCUCAUCCGGCAACUACGUGCAAGUUUCGCACAAGCACUUGUCACUACUGCAAGAAGCAAGGGCAUAUCUCAAAGGUCUGCAGAAAGAGAACAAGAGACUCAAAAGCAGACAAAACUGCAUCUAGAUCUACUAACCAGCUGACUGGUUCUAAUGAUGAUGAUGAGGAGGACACAGAUGAGUACAGCUUGUUCUACUCCUCCGCUGGCCGCACUCAGCCAAUCACUGUACCUGUUACUCUCAAUGGACUGGAUACUACCAUGGAAAUUGACACAGGUGCAGCCCUCUCUGUGAUGAAUGAACACACGUACCGAUCGCUGUGGCCUAAACGGAAGCCCCCUCUCAAACCCACUUCAAUCCGACUCAAGACCUACACUGGUGAGCACAUUGUGGUAAAGGGCAUAAUUCGUGUGCAUGUUCUGUACCAAGCACAGCAGGCGGAAUUGGAUCUCCUUGUUGUCGCUGGCAAAGGACCCUCCUUGCUGGGACGAGACUGGCUGGAGAACCUAAGACUGGAUUGGCAAAGCAUUAAAUACUCAACGACCGUGGCCGACGAUCUCCAGGAGAUCUUAGACAAGCAUUCCACAGUGUUCGGGAAGGACCUCGGGCACAUCAAGGAUGCUCCUGCUACUAUUCAUAUUGAUCCAGCGCACAAACCUCGAUUUUGCAAGGCCCGUCCUGUUCCCUACUCUCGCCGCUCGAAGGUGGAGAAAGAAAUCUCACGUCUCGAAGAACAAGGCGUUAUUGAACCAGUGCAGUUCUCCGAUUGGGCAGCUCCUGUCGUACCGGUGGUCAAGAAGGAUGGCUCUAUCCGACUGUGCGGUGACUACAAGGUUACUGUCAACACUGUGGCUAAACCUGACACUUACCCUCUACCUCGCAUUGAGGACAUCUUUGCCUCUCUGGCAAAUGGUAAAUCAUUUACUAAGUUAGACCUUGCACACGCCUACCAACAGAUCUCACUGACGGAGGAAUCCAAGGUCCUGACGACUGUCAACACUCACAAGGGUCUCUUUCGGUAUAACCGUCUACCGUUUGGGGUCUCAGCUGCUCCAUCAAUAUUCCAACGAACCAUGGAGAGCCUCAUGCAGGGUCUACCUCACGUAGUGGUGUAUAUUGACGACAUCCUCGUGACAGGAUCCACUGAAGAAGAGCACCUUCGCACUCUAGAAGAAGUCCUAGACAGACUUGAGAAGGCCGGAGCUCGCCUGAAACGUGAGAAAUGCAGAUUCAUGCUUUCCAUGGUGGAGUACCUAGGUCACCGGAUCUCUGCUGACGGUCUCCAGCCCACGGACGCAAAAAUCAAGGCAUUGAAACAAGCACCCAUUCCCCGGAAUGUUACUCAGCUGAAGGCAUUUCUAGGCCUCCUGAAUUAUUAUGGCAAGUUUGUACCUAAUCUCUCUACUCUGCUCGCCCCCCUUCACAAGUUACUACGAAAGGCUACUGCCUGGAUUUGGGGCCCUGAUCAGCAGAAGGCGUUCGACCAGGCCAAGCAAACCUUGACGUCAGACAGAGUCUUAGCACACUAUGACCCAUCUCUACCUCUCAUCUUGGCAUGUGAUGCCUCGCCGUAUGGAGUUGGAGCUGUGCUCUCUCAUCGUUUCCCGGACGGCACCGAGAAACCUGUGGCCUUCAUAUCUCGCUCACUUGGUCCGGCUGAAAAGAAAUACUCCCAGCUGGACAAAGAGGGGUUAGCUAUUAUUUUUGGUGUUAAACGUCUCCACCAAUAUCUGGUUGGCAGACAGUUUACCAUAUUGUCUGACCACAAGCCCCUGCAGCACCUGUUCAAAGAGAACGCAGGUGUACCUGUCCUGGCCUCAGCUCGACUUCAACGAUGGGCACUCAUCCUAGGCGCGUACAGCUACACGAUCGAGUACAAGCCAGGACCAGACCAUGCCAAUGCUGAUGUCUUCAGUCGUCUCCCUCUCCCAGAAUGUGCUACCAAAGUACCGACCCCUGGAGAGAAUAUCCUGGCUAUCAGCAUGCUGGAAUCCCUACCAGUCACGGCAAGAGAAAUUACAUCCUGGACAGAGAAGGAUCCGGUCCUCUCUCGAGUUCGCCGUAUGCUUGCUUCUGGCUGGAGAGACAAUACCGACGCAGAACUCAAACCCUACCAGCAACGACACACUCAACUUAGCCUCCACGAUGGCUGUGUCAUGUGGGGAAGUCGCGUGGUCAUCCCACCUCCAGGAAGGGAGAGAAUUCUCGAGGAACUGCAUGAAGGACACCCGGGCAUCUCGAAAAUGAAGAGUCUCGCCCGAUGUUUUGUAUGGUGGCCCGGAAUGGACAAAGCACUCGAAGAGAAAGUCAAGCUGUGUGACGCCUGCCAGCGAACCAGGAAACUCCCUCCAGUGGCACCGAUUCAACCCUGGGAAUGGCCAGAACGCCCCUGGGCUAGGCUGCACAUCGACUACGCUGGCCCUCUUCUCGGACACAUGUUCUUGGUCGUAGUAGACGCCCACUCGAAGUGGAUGGAGGUGAAAGCUGUACGGCACGCUACCACGGCUACUACCCUCACUGAACUCAGGUCGAUCUUCGCGACUCACGGCAUACCUGAAUUGCUCGUGUCAGACAACGGAUCAGUGUUCACCAGUGUUGAAUUCAAGGACUUUGUAAAAACACAAGGAAUUCGACACACUACCUCAGCACCAUACCACCCCGCAACAAAUGGAUUGGCAGAACGAGCCGUCCAAACCUUCAAGGCUUACAUGAAGAAAGCCCCUAAUGCCCCACUCAGAGACAACCUAUCUCAGUUUCUGUUUCAGUACAGAAUGACGCCGCACUCCACAACAGGCAUCUCCCCAUCUGAGCUACUACUGAAUCGCCGACCUCGCUCUAAGCUUGACCUAGCUAUCCCGAACCUGACUCAGAAAGUUCGCGCGAAACAGCUGAAGCAAAAGAUUGGUCAUGAUCAGCAUGCUGUGGCUCGGAAGUUCGAUGUUGGAGACAAAGUCUAUGUUUGUGAUCUGCCCUCCAAGAAGGACUGGGUUCCCGGCACAAUUGAAAGUACAGCUGGCCCUCUGUCUUUCAACGUUACCCUGAUGACUGGUCAGACGUUUCGUCGACACGCAGAUCAUCUUCGCCCCCGCUCUACAGUCGAACAACAACCCCUGACUGAUUGGACUGAUAUACCGGAACUAGAUCAUGAUACCGAAACACCCGACUUGAACUCUGAACAAUCACCACCACCACCAGCUGGCUCGACACUAGCAACUCCAAGUGUUCGUCGGUCAGCUCGAGCGACAACCGCUCCAGACUACCUUGUGGACCAUUACUAGUUUGUAGUGAGUUAUUUUAUAUGUUGAUGUAACGCUUCCAUCUAGUAGGGGAGGAAGUGUAGUAAUGUGCAUAGUGUUUACUUUUAGUUGUGUUAAUUAACUCAUUUCCUGUGGUUAACUUUACUUCCUGUAUUGUACUUUUCUGUUAUUGUGGUUUCUGUUCGUUAGUAGGUUCUUUCUGUAUAGUUGUUCUUUGUUCCCUUUGUGCCUAGCUAUAGGGGCCCGCUCCAGGCGGCUCUUUGUGUAUGGGAGCCUCUGCUCCACUGCCUUUUGUCUUGUACAUACUUAUACCUUUGUUCUUGUGCAUUUUAUCAGUUGUUGAAUACGA